AUCCGAUUUCAGUGUAAUUUUCUCUCGANAAAAAAAAAAAAAAAAAAGAGCUGUAAGCUUUAAGAGCUCUCUCUCUCUGUCGAUCGAUUUUGGGAUCCCUAGCCUCCAGCUGCAGGUAAGAUAUAUCAGCUGCUUAGCUUUCUCAUCUACAGACUAAGAGCUCUCUCUCUCUCUCUCUCGAUUUUGAUUUUGAUUUUUCGAUUGUGCUUCCGAUUUGUUUAUCCUGAUUUGAUUUUGCACUUUUGGAUUAUUCAGAAUUCCGUAUUUGGCUUCCGAUUAUAAUGAUUCACUCACGUUCAUAUACAUAUAUAGUCUUUGCAGAAGAACAAUUUAUAAUUCAUUCGUGUCUUUGAGUUUUUUAAGUGAGAAGGAAUGUUUACAAAUAAGGAAAGACAAGAAGAACGUACAGGAAAACAUGGAACACCAAGGCUCCAAUAUCUACAGGAGCUUGUGAGUCAGUUUCAGAAUGCAACUGAUCAAGAUACAAAGAAGAAAAUUGUAGCAAACUUGGGGAAUUUCGCAUAUGACCCUUACAACUUCACUAUUUUACGUCAGCUAAAUGUCUUGGAACUAUUCAUAGACUGUCUUACAGAGCCAAAUGAAAAGCUCGUGGAAUUUGGAAUUGGAGGAUUAUGUAACGCUUGUGCCGACCCAAAAAAUGUUGCUACAAUUCUCGAGGCUGAUGGAAUUCCUCUUAUAAUCAAAUGUUUAUCAAGUCCUGUACGGAACACUGUGAAUUACGCACUUGGGGCUUUGUAUUACAUGUGCGACAAUAACAGAGCAACAAGAGAGGAGAUUUUGAGAGCGGAAGUGGUGGAUCUCAUAGAGAGGUACGCAGCUGCUGAUUCAGUCAGUGUAAGCUUUAGUAACUUGGCUAAGGCGUUUCUUGACAAGCAUGUUCAUGCAAACACAUGAGAUUCUUGAAUAUUAUGAUCUUGUCUAUUAUUGGUUCUAUUAAGUAGUUGGAUUUAGCUUGUAUAGCAAAUGGGCCAAAACACAAACGCUACAAUGGAUGUGUUGAUUUUUGAUGUCUUGUGAUAAUGUAGAUGAGUAAUAUAAAGGCUAAAUUGAUCCA